AUGUAUUAUUAAUGUUAGAAGUGUAGAGAAUUAGUAGUGGAUUAAUAACCCUGUAAUUGUGAUAAAAAAUGGGUGAUUUUAAUUUGUUUUAUAUUUGUGAAGAUAUCAUUUAUAGCAUUUUGCUAUAAUAUAGUAAUUCGCAGUACUUUUUAUGGAAUCUCAACAUUAUCCAUAUUUGUAUUAGGAUUAAUUGGAUUACUACUGAGCUUCAUUUAUUGUAGGAGUAGUGAAAAAGAUAGAAUUCCAUUAAAUAUGACACUUCUUUAAGCAUAAUAAGUAUUUUAUCAAAUAUAAUUUUCUAGAACCCUUAAAUUGGAAAAUAAAAUCUAUAUGGGAAUAUUGUAUAAGUUAAUAAUAAACCUUAGAUCCUUCCUUAAAACAUUUAUUAAGGUGAAUAUUAUUAGUAUCAAGUUUAAAACAAUUUUGCUUAAAAUAAUAAAAUAUAAAUCCCCUAUAAAUGA